CGUGACGAUUUUCAUGAUUUCACCCUGAAAAAAAAAGUUUCAUGUGUUAGAUUAAGUGCUUAACUGCAAUUUGACAUUUAUUAAUUUUGUGCAAUUGAGCUGUACGUCGUUUGUGCACCAAUUGUGCAGCUAUUUCUCAUUGGCGACGUUUCUAUUUUAAUGGUCACACAAAUAAAGUUAAGAAAAACACGAAACAUAAACUGAAUCAAAACAAUUGUAUUUGUAAAAAGUAAACUGUGAUGGGUGAAAAAACACUGUAAAAUAGUUGGUUUUUUUUGUCAAUUGGCAGCUGCUUAUAUUGGGCCAUCAAAUGCACGACCACAAACGAAGAUAGAAGAGAAAUAUUUGCUUUUUUCUUGUCAUUUUGAUGGGUGCACUAAUGGUAUAAUUGCUGGUUGUUUUCGAAAAAAAAAUUAUGCAUGUGCCACUGUAAACAACGAAGACGAAGACGAAAUACAACAAAAAAAUAGAGUGUGAUUAUGUCGCGAUGGAAAUUGUGAUGAACUCUUUUCAGUUUUUAUCCCAGUAUCGCUAGAAAUCCUGUUUGCAUUGUUUUACUGUUGUUGACUGGACACAAUUUGCUUGUGUGUACAUUUCGUUUGCAUCAUUAUUAUUUUCGUUUUAUUUUCAAUUUUUAUGUGUUCAUGUUUUUAUGUUUUUCGCUGUUCGGUCAUAGUCUCGCCAAAUGUGUUACACCGUUGAAUAGACCAAAAUAUACACACAUACACUAUAAAUAUAUACAUUUAAUUUUGUUAUGAUAAAAGCGAAUUCGCAUACAGUGGAACAAUCAACCGAUACAAUAAACAAAAGAAAAAAAGAAACGAAGAAAUUGACGAUGGUAUUUCACAGUUAUAUGUAAGUGAGUCAGACAAAAAGAAGCAACACGAAAACAAAAAAAAAGAACGUCGAAAUACAUACGCACGUAUAGAAAUUAAUUGGCAAAACGAAAACAUUCUAAAUAUGUAGUGCGUUGAUGAUGUGACAUAAAGUGACUACAUUCUAAGAAGUCGAUUAAUAAACGGCAUUUUUUUUUUAAUUUAAUAUAAGUGGCUCAUAAUUCUAAAGUAAAAAAAAACUCUAAUUAAUUUCACGCGUGCCUAUAAACACGCAUCGUUUGAUCCGAAUGAUAGGAUUUUAGAUCAAUCCAUAUACAAACGAACAACAAAUUUCGCAGAAAAAUAAAUAAAUCGAAAACCCAAGCAUAUAUAAACACACACACACAUACAAAAUAAAUCUGAUCUUCCAAGAUGUCAGACUGCUCAGAUAUGGAAUACUCCUCGGACAACGAGUGCGAAUACGAUGAUUACUACAACACAGGCACUGAAGACAUAGACAUCGAACACCAUAAUGCUUUAAAAACAGAUCCAGAAAGUUUUGAAUAUGAUUGUUUGUCCGUCGAAGAUGUGGACAAAUUAUUGAAUGAAUCAAUUGAAUGCCUAUGCAAUACAAUAAAUUGUGCACCAUCACUGGCCAAAACAUUACUGCUCGAGCAUCGAUGGAGUGUUAAUGAAAUUGUUAAAAGAUAUCGUGAAAAUCCGACUGAGCUUCUGACAUCGGCUCGAAUUAGACCGCUAAGUCAUAGCCCAAAUCAACCAAAGGAAACACCAACAACGGCAGCUACAUCAGGGUCAGCCACAUUAUCACCGAUGUCAUCGGACGGUGGUAGCGUUCAUUCUAGCACACUUAGUUGUAAAUCGUCAUUAGGUAACCGAUCUCAAACCGGUGACAGUAACAGGUAUUCUAUGACGACGACAAUGGCGGCGACGACAAUAACACCAACAACACCAUCAAUUGUUGCAACGGUGCAAACACUUGAAAAUCGACCAAAUCAAUCGUUGUGUUCAGUGUGUGCUGUUUAUCAAACGCUCGAUAAAUUCCAUGCAAUACCAUGUGGUCAUUCAUAUUGUCGUGAUUGUUGGUCAACACAUUUCGAAACGCAAAUCAAUCAGGGUAUUUCAACUGGUAUCGAUUGUAUGGCCACACAGUGUAAUGUUUUGGUGCCUGAAGAUUUGGUUUUAACAUUAUUAUGUAAACCGCAUAUGCGAACAAAAUAUCAGCAUUUUGCAUUUCAAGAUUAUGUUAAAUCGCAUCCGGAACUACGAUUUUGUCCCGGUCCAAAUUGUCAAGUGUUAAUCCGUAGCAAAGAGUUGAGUCCAAAAAAGGCAACAUGUGAUACAUGCAAAACGGUUUUCUGUUUUCUAUGUGGCAUGGACUAUCAUGCGCCGACCGAUUGUAAAGUGAUUAAAAAAUGGCUUACCAAAUGUGCGGACGACAGUGAAACGGCCAAUUAUAUUAGUGCACAUACAAAAGAUUGCCCAAAAUGUCAUAUAUGCAUCGAAAAGAAUGGUGGCUGUAAUCAUAUGCAAUGCUUUAGUUGUAAACAUAAUUUUUGUUGGAUGUGCCUGGGCGAUUGGAAAUCACAUGGUUCCGAAUAUUAUGAGUGUUCGCGAUACAAAGAAAAUCCAAAUAUUGCACAUGAAUCGGUGCAUGCACAAGCACGUGAAGCGCUUAAAAAAUAUCUACAUUAUUAUGAACGCUGGGAAAAUCAUUCAAAAUCAUUUCAAUUGGAGCAACAAACGCUCGAUCGCCUAAAGCAACGCAUCAACGAAAAAGUAAUGAAAGGCCUAGGCACAUGGAUCGAUUGGCAAUAUUUAUUUACCGCAGCUGCAUUAUUAGCUAAAUGCCGAUACACAUUGCAAUAUACAUAUCCAUAUGCAUAUUUCAUGGAAUCUGGACCAAGAAAAUCACUAUUUGAAUACCAACAGGCUCGUCUCGAAAGUGAAAUCGAAAAUCUUUCAUGGAAAUUCGAACGUGCCGAAACCACCGAUCGAGCCGAUCUUGAAAACCAAAUGGAUAUUGCUGAAAAAUUACGAAUAACCCUUCUUAAAGAUUUUUUCGCUACAUGCGCAUAGAACACAAAACAACCCACAACACACACACACACACACACAUACCUACACACACCGCUUGCAACAAUUUAUCAGGACUGAAAAUCCUUUAGUGAUUUGCAUUAUAUUAAUAUAAAGUAAUUUGAACAAAAAAAAAGCAUUUUAAUAAGGAAAAACAAUUAGACUUAAAAAUCAUAACAAACUAAAAAAAAAAAAACAAAUGAAAAACAGUAACAUUCAAUCUCAAUCGAUUUGUACAAUAUUUUAAUUCUAUUGAUGUCAUUUUAG